UGAUGGAGGCUGGGCUCCAACAGCAUGAGAGCAGAAGUGAGCAUCAAGUGGAUCUGGAGCUGAUAGAUGCGCUCAUGACUGGACUUCACCGCAGCAAACAGGAUGGUUCAACGCAAUGAAAAUGCAUUUAAGUCGUGGCAGUUUUAACAUUUUUCCCUGGAUAGUUUUUACCUGUUCGCUCUUUCUAUUGGAUGGAACGUCCCCUGAAAAGCUGCCUCAAACUGUGGACCCCUGCUCCCCAAACCCGUGCCAAAAUCAGGCACUAUGCAAAAACCGUGGGGCCGGCUACUCCUGCUUCUGCGUGCCAGGUUUCCAGGGCGCUCACUGCCAGAUAGACGUGAACGAAUGUGCUUCACAGCCCUGCAGAAACGGAGCCACCUGUGUUGACAGAGUGGGUCGAUUCUUCUGUUUGUGCCGUCAUGGAUUCACAGGGACCACUUGUGAGAUCCAGCUCCAUCACUGUCAGUCUCAGCCUUGUCUUCACGGCGGGAUUUGUGUUGAAGAUGAUGUAGGCUCUAUUUGUUUGUGCUAUGUUGGUUUCCAAGGAGAACAAUGUGAAAUCAACACAGAUGAAUGCCAGGAGCACCCAUGCCAAAAUGGGGGUCUGUGUAUUGAUGGGGUGAAUGAAUACAGCUGUGACUGCUCACACACAGCAUUCACUGGAGCUCUCUGUGAGACGCCGCUGUCACCAUGCUACUCUGAUCCCUGCUUCAACAACGCCAUCUGUAAGGACAACCAGGGUAACUACACCUGUGAAUGCUGGCCAGGGUUUGAGGGGCGUAACUGUGAGAUAGACGCCAACGAGUGCAGCGGCAGUCCGUGCCUGAAUGGUGGUAGCUGCAUCAGGGGGUCAUGGCAGGCUCUGUAUGGCAGCGAGCCUCUGCUGCCUAAAGACUAUGAACACAGCUUCCCUGCAGGCUACAUCUGCAUCUGUCCUCCAGGAAUAGCUGGAUCCCACUGCCAAGAGGUGAUAAACCACUGUGAGUCCACUCCCUGUCAGAAUGGGGGCAGAUGUGAGAGCCUUGUCGGGGGCUUCCUCUGCCACUGCCUCAAUCAGAGUCCAGACGGCGUUCUGUACGGAGGUGUGAACUGCGAUGUGAAGCUAGUUGGCUGUGAAGGCCAUGAAUGCCAGAACCAGGGCUUCUGCUCUCCUUUCCUGCAGGAUGGGACUCAUGGUUACACCUGUUCCUGCACACCUGGAUACACCGGACCACUCUGCAACACUCCAACCACCUUUUCCUUUGAGCGCAGAGGUUACCUGCUGCUCCACAACCCCCUGCUGAACGCUGAUCUUACCUGCAACAUCACGCUCAGCUUCAAAACUGUUCUACCCUCAGCGUUGUUGUUCCAGAGGAGCAUCAGGGGGCUGCUGCUGCGGCUGGAGCUGGAGGGGGGUCAUCUGGGUCUGACGCUGAGGAGGGAGGAAUCUGCUGGGACCGGAGCAGAGAGUCACCAGGCUCUGGAGCUUCAGCGAGACGUCACAGAUGGAGAGUGGCACACUGUAGAGGCUGUGCUCACAAACGAGGACCUAAGCCUCAGAUUAGUGGGUGAUGCUGGAAACUGUGGGGACCAGCCAUGCUAUAAGGUGGCUCCAGUGCCAAGCAGUCUAAUAGGACUGGACACCUCCCCUCAGAACACUUUUAUUGGAGGGGCACUCAAUGAUCCAAGUGGCUCCAGCAGUUUCCCUGCUUUCAUUGGCUGCAUGCGUGACGUGUUUGUAGACUGGCAGCUUGUUGUUCCAGAGGAAUGGCUGAGCGACUCUGCCGUUAAUGUGUCCCCCGGCUGCAGCCACAGGGACCGCUGCUUGGACAAGCCGUGCCAAAACAGAGGCCAGUGUGUAAACCUGUGGCAGAGCUACCAUUGCCAGUGUGCAAGGCCCUACGAGGGGCACGACUGUGAGGAGGAGCAUGUUACUGCUCGCUUUGGGCAUGAGGACUUUCACAGCUAUGCGGCCUUCACCAUCACCGAAGAUCUGGGUCAGAACCUCUCCGUCUCCCUGUUCCUGCGCACGCGGAGACAGAACGGACUCCUUCUGGUGCUUACCAACAGCAGCAGCCCGUACCUCCACAUGUGGCUUGAUGCCGGCAGGGUCACAGUUCGUAUCCAUAACUCUGAGAGCCUAAAGGCACGAAGAGCGAUCCACGAUGGAGAGGUCCACUUUUUAAAUGUAGAGGUUCUGGAUGGCCACAUGUCGCUGCAUGUGGCGGGUGAAAAUCAAGGGGAAAUAGAAGUAAGAACCGUUGAUGUCCAAGCAGGCGACAGAGCUUUUGUCGGAGGUCUGCUGGAGAAGAGAAGCACCUCAGAGUUUGGUGGGUUUUUCAAAGGAUGCAUCCAGGAUUUGAGGAUCAGUGACAGGAGGCUGCAGUUUUUUGGGCUGGAUGCUGCGGUGGGAUCAUAUCCCCUCGAUCUUAUGGAAAACGUGAUUGCUGGGUGCUCUGGAGACAACACCUGUACAAGAAAUCCAUGUCUAAACGGGGGCAUUUGCUUCUCUGAGUGGGACGACUUCACCUGCACCUGCCCCAGCAGCACAGCAGGGCGGCGCUGUGAGGAGGUAAAGUGGUGCGAGCUGUCACCAUGCCCAGCAGCUUCAGAGUGCAAGAUGUUGCAGCAGGGUUAUGAAUGUUACUCCAAUGCAACUUUCCUCAAUGACAGCACAGUGAUGGUCUAUCAGGGAAAUGGCCGUAUAUCCCGAAACAUCACCAGCCUGUCUUUUACCAUUCGCACACGGAAGCGUAAUGCGGCCAUCCUUCAUGCAGAGAAAGGUUCCUCCUUCAUCACGGUCUCUGUUCAGGAUGGGUUGCUCUUCAUGGAGCUUCAGAGCUCUAUGAACAAAGAAGAUAAGGAGGAAAGAGAAAAUGGUUUGUCGACAGUAAGCCUCAGCAGCAAGAGCAGUGUCAGUGAUGGUGAGUGGCACACCGCCCAUCUGUUCAUGACGGCACCGUGGGCUCAGUCCUCUCGCUGGACUUUGGUACUGGAUGAAGAAAUAGAGGAAGCCAGCAUCUCUAGAAGCCAGGGCAGGAACCUGAACUUCCUCAGAGAAGGGGUGGACAUCUACCUGGGUGGCCUGGCUCCUAACGCUGGCUGGUCUCUAGCUGGUUGCCUGGGCACAGUAGAGUUGGGGGGUAUUGCUCUGCCUUACUUCAGAUCUCAGGAAGUAAACCUCCCACGGCUGCAGGAGGAGCAGUUUUUUCAGUCGUCAGCAGAACCUGCACUCCCCGGCUGCAGAGGGGCUUCAGUGUGCGAACCCAGCCCUUGUCUGAACAACGGCCAGUGCCAUGACCUCUUCAACACCUACAACUGCACCUGUGCUGAGGGCUGGGCUGGGAGGCGCUGCGAUGUCCUGAUAAACACUUGCGCUUCCAGCCCCUGUGUCCAUGGUAACUGUACCGUUAACGGACUCACCUACGAGUGCACCUGCGAGUUUGGUUACACCGGUGUGGACUGUGAGGAGGAGGUGGAUGUGUGCGAAAACCACCUGUGUGCCAAUGGAGCCACUUGUCUCCAUGGCCCAGAAAAAUAUGCCUGCCUCUGUCCAGAGAACUACACUGGACCCCUCUGCAGUGAACGGGAGGAAGAACCUCCUUGGUACAUCGUUGUCAGAAAAAUCAAGCCCAAGCUGCCUGUUUCUGUGUGUGGAGAUGAGCACAGAAAUUACACCUGCUUUAAUGGAGGGAACUGCACUGACCGGGAGCUCUCCUGUGACUGUCCUGCAGGAUUCAUUGGGCACAGGUGCGAGCAGGAAGUGGAUGAGUGCGAAUCCAACCCAUGUCUGAACGGAGGCUACUGUCGAAACUUGAUCAACAAGUUCGUCUGCGUGUGCGACAUGAGCUUCGCUGGAGACGUGUGCCAGACGGACCUCACCUCUGAGGGUCUGACCUCUGACCUCUUGCUGUCUGUAAGUUUGGCGUCUGUCAUCCUGCUGCUGGUGCUGAUCCUGACCUCCAUCGGCUUAGUGGCCGCACUAAAUCGCCGCGCCACCCAUGGCACGUACAGCCCCAGCCGGCAGGAGAAAGACGGAUCCCGGGUGGAGAUGUGGAGCAUCACGCAGCCGCCGCUGAUGGAGAGACUCAUAUGAAAUGCAGGCGUAAAAGGGGCUGAACACAAAUACACAUUACUAAGUAAUUAUUAGUCUGGUCAUUUAAUUUAGACUUUCUAUUAAAAACACAGCUGUAUAUAAUAAAGGCACGCAAAUACAUAAGUACAAAAAUUAACUAAAAUCUCGUUUCACUUCAUUGUGAAUCUGUUCUUUAAAUUGGUAGCACUGGAUAUUAUUUAAACAUAUCAGAAAAUAUAGGGCUGGAUUGAGAUUAAUGCUCCACUUUUUUGUGUUUUGUUGUCAAUUUUAAAACCUUUUGUAUAUUUUUUACACUCCUCAUGUUAUGUGCUUUUUGUAUACUGUAGGUCUGUGCCACUGAAUUGCAUUAAUGUGAUAACAUGAGCACAUAAUCACUGCUUAUUUGUGAGUAUUGAUCUGCUGUACUGAUGAACUUAAGUGAUUUGUUUUGUUUCAGGUUUUAUUUUAAUUGUGGCUUCUUUCAGAGCAUAAUUUAUUUCAGUUGUUUGAUUUAAAGUGCUACACAAAAAGACUUGAUUUUUUUUAACUGUGUUUAUGUGCCUAUUAAUAUGCUCUUUUAGAAAUGUUUAAUUUUCCAACAAAUGAUUUUAUCUGUUGAGUGUCUGUAAAGUGUCAUUUCACUGGAAAUCUAUUUAAACUCAUCUUUCGCCUGCAGCACAAAAAAGAUCACUGUUGUGUUCAUUUUUCUCUCUAAAGAAGUGUUUGCAUGCUAGUGUGUUUCUGUGUAGCCCUGGACUGGUGACCUGUCCGGGGUUAACUCCGCCUCUGGAGAUACGCACCAGCCCCUGCAGAGAUAUGGAUAAAACUAACCCUGUUAUGGGCAGCGAUUGGUCUGCAGUUUAAGCAUUCCCAUCAUUUAAUCUAUUGCACAUGACUCUGAGAGAGAUUACAUUAUCUUCAUGUAUCAUAAUUACAUUUGAACUAAUAACGUCUGAUUCUGUAUCACAAAUUCUCGCCCCCUCAGAUGAUUGACAUGUCACAGCAUCAGUACAGUACUUGAUGAUAUACACAGGUGGAAAGAGUGCACAACAAAAUCCUCAAAUACAAGUACAGUUUUCAGUGCAAAUGUUAAUUUAGAAAAAUAAAGUUUAUAAAGAGAAAACUUAACUUUAUGUAGACAUGUUUUGAAAAAAAAAAUUUUGU